GCGGCAGCGGCACCAAUGCUGGCGGGAAGGUUUCGCGCCACUGACUGGAAAAUCAACCCAGUUUUGGCGGGUUUUACUUCCUAUAAGUACAACUCCGUCGAUCUAUUCCGUUUUCCAAUUCAACCAAGCUCGAAAUUAGGGUUUAUCUGCAACUCCUCAUUUGCAGUCUCUCCCGUGAUGAUGGCUCAGAACAGCAGCCCCGAAGUCAAAGAACCCACGCCGAAAAUCCAAAAGCUCGAUCAGAACGGCGUCCAUGGCGGCUCGGAAGCGUAUUUCAAAGUUAAGAAGCUCUCCGACAAAGCUGUUGUGCCCAAACGAGCUUCACCCCUCUCCGCUGGUUACGAUCUUUCCAGCGCGAUGGAGACGAAGGUUCCGGCAAGGGGCAAGGCUCUAGUUCCGACCGAUCUUAGCAUCGCUGUCCCCGAAGGAACCUACGCUAGAAUCGCUCCGAGAUCGGGAUUGGCUUGGAAGCAUUCGAUCGACGUUGGAGCGGGAGUGAUCGACGCUGAUUACAGAGGACCAGUGGGAGUGAUACUGUUCAAUCACUCGGACGUUGAUUUCGAGGUGAAGUCGGGAGAUAGAAUAGCGCAGCUCAUAAUCGAGAAGAUCGUGACGCCGGAAGUUAUGGAGGUGGAAGAUCUCGAUUCGACUGUUCGCGGCGAGGGGGGGUUCGGAUCCACUGGCGUCUGACAAAUCUGCAGUUGGCUUUUGGGGUUUUUAGGGCUAAUUACGGUCGAACAUGUAGGGUUUGUGUCUGAAACUUGAUGUGGAUUUGAAGCACUGGUGCUCUUAUUUGCAAAAUUUCAAAUCUUUUGAAUGACAACAGAGAUUUGGAAGAAAGAA